ACACACAAUGCAGGCUUAGUUAAAUGUACAAAAGGGGUUUCACAGCUAAUUCAAAGCAAUCUCUAGUUACAUUUAAACUAAAAAUGGAUGAGUUAAAGAUACACAGGACUAUUGCCUAUUUGCUUUUGCUACUAGCUGCUCUAUCAUCCACUACACUAGGACUAGCAGUUAAGAGACAGUCAGACAGUGAAUGUCUUUUCCAGUAUGUGCUGCAGCCACCAAGAGACAACUUCAACAUAUGCAAUCCGUUUCAGCCAGCUGAGAACUCUCUAACUCUGGAGUGCAGUAUUCUAGUAAUGGACAGCAGACCAGGAGAGCUGACAAUAGAUUGGAUCUACACUAGUACUGGAGACCGAACUGAGACUUUGUUAUCAAACACCACUGCAACAAGCCUGGGAACUUUAGUUUAUUCUACAAUUACGAUUGCUAACACUAGAGCAGGACAUUAUUACUGCCAACCAAACUCAACACAAGCUGGACUUCUAAAAAGCAGCUCACAGACUACGGUAUUCAGCAAACCAUUGUACGUCGUUAUUGACAAUAGCUGUGAGGGACAACAACUAAGCACUGAGCAACCAGAAUGCAUAUUAAACGGCAAUUCUUUAAGUGGUACUACAACUACUGAGCUAUCAAACAGUGAAACUAGUGCUGAGCCAACGAUUGAUCCACCAGAAAACCACAAUAUACUGUAUAAAUCUCUAGGAGGAGUUGGCCUCCUCCUCAUUGUUAUAGUGGUCUGCACGGGGCUAAUAGUAUGCUGUCACCACAAGAGGACAAGCAGAAGCAGAGUACCCAACUCUCAGGGCAAAGGGAGCAGAGUGGUCAGGGAAUGGCAUGCAGUGAGGACCACACAGACAAGUCCACAGCCUCUAAAUGACGUGGUCACACGACAGUAUAUUCCUCCACCACACACCCUCCCACCAGUACUGGCCUCAAUGGAGAGAGAUUCAAGAUUAACCAGCUCAGGAUACGUGGAUGCUAAUUCAACACUCGCUGAACACAGGAUACAGUACCAGAACUACAGCUCAAUCAUACAAACGAAUAGGGAUGAUCAAUCAGAGUGGUCACAACAAGAACAACCUAGAGCACAAAAACUAGCAAAAAGUACACUCCCCGCAAGUUAUACACCACAUAAUAUUGAUCAGCAGUAUGUCAAUUAUCGGCAACCCCAUGGCAACGUACCAUUGGAACCUAUUUAUGAGGAUGGGAAUAAAAAUCCUACACAACAACUAAAGGAAAGGGUCAAAGCUAGUCAAGAGGAAGCCUACAGUGAAGUAGGAAACACAGAACACCUGUACCAAGGGCUCGUCCCAGAGACAAUGAACUAUACUAGCUUGUAUCACAUGGUCAACAAAAACUAAAAGUGUUUGUAAGCUGUUUGCAUUGUCAUUGUAUGUACUAUUGAGCACAUUACCUCUAUGUAUCAACGGGGAACUUAAAUAAAAGAUCACCUUCAUGAAAA